AUGCAGUCAAACUUCUACCCUACUCUCUCUCUCUCUCUCUCUCUCUCUCCCCUCCCUCCCUCCCCCUCUCCCCCCCCCCCUCCCCCUCUCUCCGUAUAUAAUUCUAUCGUUAAUAUGUAUGUGUGCAUGAAUCAUCUCUCUGGCAAUCUAUAAGUCGGUCUGUCCAGACAUUACGGGUACAACACUGACUACUGUAUGGAGGAAAGAAACAUCUGACGUUAGCAUGAGUGUCAUAUUUACGAUACCAUUUGUUUGUGGAUAAUGCUGCAAACCUUAGCAGAAGCUUUUUGGAUGGAAAUCAAAUCAGCCAUUUUCAGUAUGAAAGUACCUAUGAUUCCUUUGAAAGGCAGGCAUAGUGGUGACAGUGGAGACUGUUCUAGUUGAAUGAAACUUGUCAAUAUCAUAACAUGUUGUUUCAUACCCUUCCCUUGGCGUCAAACUUGAUCCUCUGAUGUUUCCACACGAAGAGUUACAUAGAAUGGCAUGAAUUUUCUUUUCACCUGAGUUAUCAUAUGACAUAAGAAGCUUAACGGGCAUUAGAGACCUGGGAUCCCACGGAAUCAUGGAUUAAUUCAAGAUUGAGUCUCUAAAGGAAUUCUAUUAUUGGAACUUAUAGUCUAUCUUCCUGGGUUGUAUAGUCAAUCCUUGUUUCACAGAUCUAAUCGGUUUCAGGGUAUGUGUGAUUUUUACCUCAGGGCAUUUUUCUCUGGCUUCCUUAUAUUUCACGGAAUGUACUCCUUACUGUUAAAGACAGGGCACAAAAUCUGAAGUCCUACUUUCAGACGUUAUUCCCAAUUUUGGAAGGGUCCUGGUUCUGUGUCAGUGGAAGUGACCAUGAUACCUACCUGCAGUUCUUGCUUUUUUGUCAACGCAUCUAAGGGCAUAUAAGAUUUUUAAAUGGUCAUGGCUGUAAUUUCAUCCCUUAAGAAAGAUACCAAGAAACUAAUUGCCAUUGCAUAGGCCCUCAGACUCGCCAGACGAUAGCCUGAGGCAGCUUGUGGGGGGCUACCUUUGAGGAGGGCUGGAGUGCGAGGGUAUGGAAGCUGUAGCCAGGAAAAAGAAAUUUUAGAGAUUGGCAUGAUUGAGGUGAAGAUAUUGCUGACAUAUCUGUCUGUGGUUCCUGAGAUUCUCUUAUGGUAGAAGUGCAUAAUGUGACUGCUAUGGCAAGAAUUUUUCUUAGAUGCAGCCUGUGUAGGAGCCUAUAUCCUGAGAUUGUAUAACUUAUGUUGCUAUUAAUAUUUUUAAGCCUACAUUCUUGGGUCUGAUUGUCUGAGAGAGGAUUCCAUGUCCUGACGGUUGCCGAAAUGAGAUUCUGAUCACUUUCACGAGUAAUGACGCGGGGGGGGGGGAGGAGUAAGUAGAAUAGUACAGUCGAAUUUCCUCGAUGCGAUUGAUGGAAUGACUGUGAGAUCGUAAUCUGCAGUUGCCACGAUUAUCUUCUCAUCUGUUCUCAAGUGAUGCUCCUCUUAAAAUGAAGAUCCUUGGUGGUCCGUGGCGUGGACCUCUUUGUCUCUGCCUAAGAAGCAUAAAGUGUUCCAGAAGUGAUCCAUCCCGUGACACUUUGUAGAGGAGGCUGAAAAAUUCUCAUCGUCACAUCUGCUGCUUACUGCACAAGUGUAACGGCAGGUACCUUAGGUCUUGUGAUACAUCAGGGACUUCAAUCGUCAGAGAUUCUCUAGUCAUCCUUUAAGUGCAAUUUAGAUUCUGUUCUGUUCACCUAAAGCAAUGAAAGUUAACUUCCUAAUGCCACAGCUUGAAUAUUCUACUUUAAACAUUCUUUAGAUGAUUGUUGCUUACAUCAUUUCCAUAUAAUUUUGAUGUUUACAGCCACUCGAAGUUGCUUCCUUCCGAGCAGCGUGGGUUGGGGUUCGCUUUGCUAACUCAGAUCUAGGAUGCUGAAUGUAAAUCAAACGAUAAGUUGAAGCCCUAAUGUUUUGGGAGCUACUUGAAUGAACCUCAAAUCAACUUUGUUGAUGCUCGCCUAAACAUUAUUCCAAAUAACCGGUGGGUAAACACAAAGUCUGAUGUUUUCUCACCUUUUUUUAAUCAAAAUCGCCGGCCAUUUUUCUGAUCUUGGACGGCAUUUAACUGUAUCUUGAAUUUUUUAUGGGUGAUGUAAAGAUGUAAUUCUCGACCUUUUUCUUGAAUUGCAUUUAAUUUUUAUAUCAGAUGGCAAUUAGUUCAUCUUUUUUUGACAUCCACAACAGCAAAUGUGUUUAUCAAUCUUUCUUUCAUGAAAUAUUUUUGAAUAUCUCUCAUAUCUGACCUCUGUUUUGAGGCUUAUCGGCUAUUCUUAUCUUGAAAUUUCGACAUUUUAUCACAUUCAGUGGGAAAAAUCUCUCGCCGGGUUUGUUUCGUUCACUAUCCGGACCCUGAGGAGCUCGAAAAUGCCCGGCCCACCCAUUCCAGCCUUAGCAGCCAGAGAUCCGGGGGUAAUUCGUUCUCCUACCCACAUAAUCUUUUACCGGGAGAUGAAUUGAGUGGCAUCCUUGAACGCUGUUCUUCCCCGGCCCGGUGUCUUCUCACCGGGCAUUAAUGACCGGCAGCCGAUCAACUGAUUUAUUUCGCUGCUGCAGUUUCCGGGCGGAAGGUAUGGAACGCCGCCCAUCAAAGCCGGGGAUCCUCAAAGGAGGGAGGGGAUGCCAUUUACGGCACAUCCCACGAUACCCUUACCUCCAUGGACAGCAUGGGGCCAGGGAGCGUGGAUCACUCUCAACAGUCCAAGCGGAAGAGGCGGAAGGGGGGGGUUGGGACCAGGCCAUCCUAGGACCAAAUCCCCCUCUGCAACGGCGAAGUUCAUCGGUGAUGAACCGAUUGAUGGAGAAGUUGUGGCCGACGGAAAUGGACUGACUGGUAAGCUUGUGUUUGGUCCUGCUAUUCAUUCUAAUGCGCAUAGAUAGAUGAGUUGGAGGAAAUUUUCAAGCUGCUCGUGGUGUUGAAAUCAUGGGUUUAUUUAUUAUACAUUUUAAGUUUUCGCAGCAUUUUAUUAUAUAUAUUCAUUAGGAGAUGUGUGAUGAUGAUGCAUGGAGAGAUAACCGGUGGGGAGUUCUCUGACAAACAGUGAACAUCAUAGUCGCUGCUAGAACCCGAAGAACGAAGGUGCCUUCCUUUCCAGCCAGCUUGCGAUCCGAUCAAAUCUGCUCGCCACUUAAUCGACUCAAGCAGUUGACCCCACCUCACUUUGUCGGACGAAACCGCAUCCUCGUACCCCGCCCCCCCCUGUCCUUUAUCCGGGCUUCUUGAACCACACAAAUUAGUGGGCCUUUUCCUUUAUCGUUAGUCCACUAUCUACUUACUGGAGGUCAUCACUAAACACUGAAUACUGUGAAAUCACAGGUUCUCCCACACUGAUUUCUGCAUAGAUACCCUGAUUAGAAUCCAUCUGUACAGGAAGAUGGGGGAGGAGAGCUGUUUUUUUUCGGGUAGGAGGGUCGUCUAAAGCGGUAGCAGCUCUGGAAGCUGGCAAGAACCCCAAGAAAAGAGGAAAAAAAGGUCAUUUUUUAUGCCAAAUUUGAUCUGAUCAUGCACCCAGUUCCCAAUUAUAAUAAUAAGACCGCCCCCCACCACAUGGGCGCCCAAGGGAAACAAGUGAGAAUGAAGCCUUCCCAGCUCCUGAAGAGGAAAGGGGGCGAUGAUCAUCCAUCUAGAACACACAGCUGCCCAAUGGACUCUCCGAGGAAUAUUAUUAUUACUGUACAGCAAUAAUAUGUUACAGAAGAUAAAUGUCCUUGCUAGGGGAAUUCUUAAGAGUACACCACUCUUAAACCACCUACGGCCGCGAAUUUGAACGGUCAAGGGAUCCUUCAGCCUUGGGAGAAAAGAUGAUGAUGCACAGGCUAUGCUACCGCUGUCUUUCGGACGAUCGUCUAGCCGAUGGCGUUUGGUUGCAGGGUGUUCUCCACCUCCCAGCUCCUCGUCCUGUGGAGAAUAACCAGCCAUCAGAGGGAUGCGACCGCAUGGAUGAAAUUAAGAGAAAGCUGUGAGAGAAGAUGACAGUUGUGCGGGAAAAUCUCCCAACGAGUUUAAACCCUCUGGGGAUCGGCAGCAAGUGCAUGGAAUUGAGACCUCUCGGUCUUCAAGAGCCAUGGUGGCAGGCGGGGCUCUGAUCUUCGUUAACCAGAGCUGCUCUUUACCAGAAAAAGGGCCGAUGGGUCAACGAUAGAACUCGGAACCAGGGAGAUUCAAAAUUCUCCUUGGAGCUGAUGGGCUAGAUGCCAUGGUUUUGCUAACGGCACCAUGUACAUAAGCGGGGCGAAAUCACUGGCUCCUAGAUUCUGUAAUAAGAUAUGGAUAUCAGUUCACCUGGUGUGAGAAAGCUGGCUCCAAUUCAUCAGCUGGUGAGAUGGCUGGUGCCUUCGGAUGUAGCUGCCGCCGCCGCUGCCUCCCCCCCCAUCUUCCCCCAUGAAAUGCUCCGAGUGGCUGGAGACCAUCGGCGGCGACCAUACGGGAACCACCCCACCGUCUCUCGCCGUCCAACUGCUCGACGACUCUGAUGUGGAGUCCGCGGCAUCUUCCAACCCAAUUGGGUUGAACCGAUGAGCAUUAUUAUUUUCUCCAACUGGGGCAGCUCCACCCUGGUUCGCUGCAUCUCUCAGAGGCUCUGGAUGGAAGCCCAUGUUUCCGGGCACUUCUGUUCUGUUGUCGUUGUGGCUGUUCCGAAGAUCAACGGAGACCUCUUCAUCAUCCCUGACCAGAGAAGAAGUCAUGCUGGGAACCAUCUGGUCCUCGUUCCUCCGAGCCAUGACCCCUGCAUUGUUGGCCCUCACAGGCUCCCGUUCAACUUCCAUCUGGAUAUCUUGGGGAAAGUCAAUCGGAGCUACGUCGGAAGAAUCGCCGAGGCCUUCUUCAGUUCCAUUCUCGACUGUCGCCCUUGAAACAGCCUCCAGUUGCCACAUCUCUACAAUAGCUUCCUGAAUGCGGGCUUUGGCUGCAGCUAUCUCCACAAUUGGGAGGGGGUAAUUGGAUCCCAACUCGAUUCCUGCGGCUUGAAGCACUGACUCGGGUGCAUUCCAGGGAUGGUGAAUCCAGUCAGUGGGCAGCCGGGCCAGUUCAGGAAGCCAACGCCGGACAUACUCUCCAUUCGGGUCGAACUUAUAGCCCUCAAACUGUAAAAGAGAUCAUUUUAAAGAAGGAAAAUAACAUGAAUGCCCCAGACAACAUCAAGCCGUCAUAACAUUUAGGGUAAAAAAAGAGAUAUAUAUAUUUCAUUUUAUCAGUUUUAGACAAAAUGAUUGGAAAGUUGAGAAUUUUCAAGAUGGUCACAAUGAAAAGAAGAUAGGAACUCAUCGACUAGGAGACAUAGAACUAAAUUCUGAUCAGGGUUGUGAGCAUGAGACUGCAUGUUUGAUUAGAGCCUAGAGAAAAAUUAUCCUUGGAAAAUUGGUAAUUCAUUGAAAGCGUAUGCACCUGGGGAUUGUCAAUACGGUCAAGUUCACGCCCAUCAGGGAGUGAUCCAGAUAUGUACUGCCAACCCAAAGCAUCACUUUCGAGGUCUGCAUCCAACAGAGUGUCCCAGAAGUAUUUCAUUCCCCAUCUCCACGGAAGCUGGAGAACCUUGACAAAGAAGCUGGAGACUACAACUCGUAUCCGGUCAUGUAGCCAGCCUGUUGCCCAGAGCUCUCUCAUGCCUGCAUCCACCAGGGGGUAGCCAGUCCUGCCCUGUCUCCACGCUUUAAAAUAACCCUCGUCGAUCACCCAAGGGAAGAAUUUAAGGUGGGCAAGGAGCGGCCUUUCGUGGCUGCAAGGGUGAUUAAAGCUCAUGUAUCUCGAGUAUUCCCGAAGACCAAUAGACUUGAGAAACAGGUUGAUGCUCUCUUCACCAUCAACAUUUCCAUCAUUAGCCCAGACGAGCUGCUUCAUUCGAACCUGGUGAAAGACCUUUCGGACGCUGAUCUCCCCAAAAUGAAGAUGAGGCGAAAGGAGAGACGUUGUUGUGCUGUCGGCUUUCUUACGAUUCACAGAAUACUCAAUCAGAGGCCCAUUGACAAAGGCAGCCAGUGCCUUAUCAGCAUUGCGCCAGCCAGGCGACCAUGCGCGAGCCAGGAGAGCAUUGCUCCCCUUCUCUGACUCAUCCUCAAAGAUAAGGUUAUCAGAAGAGCACCUCGACAUAUCACCUACCAUUUGUGCCAAAAAUUAGUUCAUUAAGCAUGUACCAGACCAGCGAGUACCCAAAAGCAUUUUCCAAGUUUAACAAAAAAAAAAAAGAAAAACAGCAGUGUCGAAACGGUGCAGCAUGAAGUCAUCCAUAUUGUCAACUUGAGCACAUGUCCGAUGCAAAGGCGUGAGAGGGAAAUACAAGAGUUAUAUCAAUCAUUGUGUGAGGUUUUUCAAGAAGGUUAUUCAUCUCUGGAUGAUACUUUUCGAUCAUGGACCCAUCUAUCUCCAACAAAUAAAAUUUUACGCCGUUGAAAUCGUUAUAGCAUGCAUUUCGAAUUGACAACCCUAGAAAAAAUGUUUUAUAUAUCUAACAUAAAUAGAAAACACCUAACUUCAAGUUUCACAAGUUGCCAACUAUUUUUUUUAUAUGAACACCUAGUAGUAGUACACUCAUGGGUGAGUAUACAAAUGCAUAUUAUGUAACACAGUAUGUUUAUAAUUUUAAAUAUAAAACAUGAAGUUAGUUUAUGAUUUUAAAUUAAAGGUAACAUGGUAUGACAUAAGAGCAAGAUUAUGGAAGAAUCUCUGAAUGCUGCCGAGAGAGAAAAAUUUAUAGCUCAUCUUUUGGCCCAGAGCCAGAAUGUUGAAGCACAAGACGCCAGAUUCAUACAAAUGAUUCAAGUUCAUCAGAGUUGGUCUUCAGAGUAAAGAUGGAAUUAAGACAGAGAGGAGACCAAUAUGCGGCAGUCGAUAAUCAACUAACGCUGGAUAUUGGUAAACCUUUUAUUUCUUUUGAAGAAAAAAAGUUGAAAAAGGCUACGCAGAGAAGAUGCAUUAAUCAUUUGGGUCAAAUAAACAGUUAGGGAGAACAUAACUAAUGAAGCAAAAAUAACAGCAUCUGCAUUUAUAUUUCAUCUAAGAAAGAACUUCGGAAAAUAUAGCUGAUGUACGUACCUGGUAUUAUUCUUUUAGGUGGGAGCAACGGGGCCGUAGGAUCGUACGGCAUGCUGAGGCAUUUGUUCCAGAAAUUAGCAAAAGUUGAAAAUGGUCGACCUUCAUCAUCAUUAACUUCCCAAGGUUCAUAAAGCAGAUCUGCAUUGAACGAUCGCACUGUUAUCCCUUGAGCAGUUAGAAGCUCCUUCAACCGGUGAUCCCUGACAAGAGAUAGCGGAUCUACAAAAGAAAGAAAAGGCAUCAAAUGUUUAAUAAAAAUUCCCAAAAUAUACCUGAAUACUCGGAACACAUAUGGGCUGAAUUUCAAGGACGCAUCAGGAGAUGAACUACUUGAGCCACGAAGUUGCCGUAAAAAGCGAAAAUAAAUUUUCUUCUUGCUAAUAUAGGCCAGUCCAAUUCCAUGAGAUUGUAAAAUAAUCAUUUUAUUCUAUCAAGAAAUGAUAAGGUCCAUCCACACUCACUAGCACUGUUUCUCAAAAAAAAUUUGAAAUGCUGAAUUUUCAUGAUAUGAGAUGACAGUAUCUGUUGCCACACCUCAUUGGCCCAUGAUGCAGAUCACAGAUUCAUGAUAACCUUUGAAUUAAAAAAACUGUAAUCAAUUAAGUACCUACCGGGAAUAACCUUCUCAUGACCCGUCACACAUUCUUUGUUCAUCUAAUUCAUCUAUCCCCCACGUUAAAGAAUAAAAAUGAAAAUAAACCCCCCGACUGGCUCAACCCCAUAGGGCCAGAUAAUUGAGCAGACAUUUUUGAAAAAAUAAAAUCAAAGAUAAACCCUCAGUGAUGGUUGUCUAAAUGGUGCGCCCCAGCACCAAUUUCCAUAAAAAUCAUGUGAUUUUUUUUUCUAUGCAUUGACUACAAUUUUCGCAUGGAAGCAUUAACUACAUGCAAAUCGCUCCCACAUAUGAGACAUUCAUUUGAGAACCACGGUUCUAGAAAAAGUCUAUUGUUUUAAAUGGUACAAAAGCACCCUUCAAGAGGAGGUGGGUGAGUUAAGAAAAAAGGGAGAGAGAGAGAGAGAGAGUCUUGUCUCCAGUUGCUAUUAAAUAAAUCUUCCUUGUAUUGGAGUCGAUUAACCUCAAACAGUGGCAGGCUCCGUCACUCAAAGUCAACCACUGGGCAGAUUCCACUGCCAUUUCUUGUAUUUACCAACUAUCACCAUUGGCCAGGUCCCAGUUUUGUUUCUGGUGCUUCUUGUUUUCUCUCACAAAAAACCCGCUCUGAGAAAAAUCAGCUGCCAGAUGGGAUAACAAGCCAAGAAUCUUCCUGUGACUAGUUCACACCAAUGCUGGAAGUACUCUGAGGCAGUGGGAAGUGUAUACAUCAGCCUUCUCCAGGCAAAAAGGCUACCUCGAUCAUACUCUGAGAAGCUUUAUGGCAUGAGAAACUUCUCCUCACUGAACGUAGAAAGUCUUCGAGCAUCCCAAAAACUCCCCACUGAGCUUGCAGCUAUCAGGAAUCUUAUCAGUGGAUGCAUCCUCGGGAUGGAAGUAUUGAUCUCCUGUGAAGCCAUUGUCCCCGAGUCCUCAACUUUCAAAGAUCUGGCCCUGGACUCCAAAUUAUUUCCCAGAAGAUGUACUAGAAGCAGAUGGUAACACCCACUGUCCCCCACCUCCCCCCACCCUCAAAUCACCUUAAAAGAGAAAUUUUUGGUUGUUCAAUCGAUUGCCAUGAAAGAAACUACCUUAUUUGACCAGUUAAAUCGAUGUAUAAUUUAUAUGGAUAGGCAUCAAUAUUUACUUCAACCUGAGAAAAUCAGAAAAGACGAAGUGCCUAGAGGUGAAAAAAAAUGAGGAAAGGAACUACGUGACCCUCCGCCUGUUCAUUAGGAAAGCUGCAGGAUAGCCUCAAAAAUUCAAGCCACCAUCCCCUACCCUUCCCCAUCAAACCCUAAAAAGGAGGGAAAUCUUUAGAAACAGAGAAAACCCAUCGUUAUCAAAUGAUGAUGGAGCACGGAAUGAGAAAAUCCGGCGAAAAAGGGGGGAAUUCAUAUUCUAUACAUACAUACAUACAUGCAUAUAUAUAUAUAUAUAGAUAUAUAUAUUGGUAAAGAGAAGAACCGAAUCGGACGCAUCAAACGGCAGAUAAAUUCAAUGGAGACGAAGAAGGAAGGAAUUUUCACUGACCGUAGAGGUGAUUGAAGAAGACCUGGGUCGCCCCGGUAGAACGGACGACAUCCAAGAGGCUGGAAGCUGUGUCGGACGACCUCUUGGUGACGAGAGUGGUGCCGAGGCUCCUGAGGGAGCAGUCCAGGUGCCGGAGGCUCUGGCUCAGCCACCAUCUCGACGCCCUCCCGGGGUAGUAGUGUCCCUCUUCCUCAGGGGCCCAUAUGAAGACAGCCACCACGUACCCGGCCCUCACAGCCGCGGUCAGGGCUGGGUUAUCCUCCAACCUCAGAUCCCUCCUGAACCAUACCAACGUGGUGGCGGCGCCACCACCUCCGCCGCCGCCGCAGCCGCCAAGCAUAAUUCUUCCCGUAGCCUCCUCAGCUCCGCACGAGGACGGUCAUAUCACUCAUCAUCUCCAUCUUCCGGCGCCCGAAUCUGUGCUCGUGGGCUGCCCGCAAGGAGGCGGGGGAGGAAGGGAGUCCUGCGGGGUGAAGUGACCUGCAGCAAAGCCCGCACCUCGGUCUCUCUGGGGAGCUUCGAUUUCUCCUCCUGGCUCCAAUUGGCCGCCAAAGGCCCCCACCCCAGUGGAUAUGGAGGGCUGAAUGAUUGGUUUUGCUUGAUGGGUGUUUUUGACUUUAACCCCUCCAACACACCCCCCCUCUCUGACCCAUCAACGGUGAUGGAGAGAAUCUCCUGCCGCCAUUAAUCCCUCAACAUAUUCCGUUCCCCGCAGCAAGGGUUUUGUCCGCUGCAACUUUCUGCCAUUGGUGUACUCCAGUCUCCUGCUUCCAGUUUUCUACCCCUGUUAAAUGAGAGGAUCGCCAACCCUUCAGCAACUAUGGGGAUGCACCAGUUUCCAAAUUUACCAUCUUUCCUCCCCCCAGUGGUCCGUUCUCAUAUUUACUCGCAGAUCUGGGGUCGGCCUGGGGCUCGGCUCAUAAAUGUUCUUCAGGUCUUCGCUAUAAGUGCCCAUUAUUUGGAAUACUACUUUCUCUUUCUAGAAAGAUCACGACAAGCUCCUCUCUCUCUCUCUCUCUCUCUCUCUCUCUCUCUCUCUCUCUAAGUGACCCAGACGAUAUGCCGCCUUCAAAAAUCUAAAGGCUCACCGAUUUCGCCGGUCUCUUUUAGAUCUUUUUAUCAUGGAUAUGACAUGAUUUAAAUUGCUCAUUUCCAUUCUCUCCCUAGAACUCAUGACCGCCGUGAAUUCCUUCUCUUUAACAGAGAAUACACGUCAUGAAAGAGUGGCUCUCCGCCGAAUGAGGGGAGGCGCCUCGUGGCCUGAAAACGCUUCGAAGAGACGACACGGUGGCUUCUUGUCGGGGGGUGGAAUACCUGUCGGACCACUCGUAUCCAUUGGGAGCCGAUAGAGAGAGAAAGGGAAAGUAGAGAGAGAGAGUAUCAAUUCACACAAUAAAGGGUAUACGCGCCCAGUUCAUGGCGGUCUUAUGUUCUUGAGAGAGAGAAUUUCCCUUUCACUCCCCUGUUUUCUGGAUUUCCUUUCGGCGGCAUCAGAUUUCCAGAGAGAAGCCGUCUUUUCUGACGAAUUCCGCUUGAAUUCUGCACGGACGGCACUGUAUGAUCGAUCCUCCGGGACAGUCAACAGCCUGCGAAAAGUCACCACACAAUAUCCCGAUUUUUCUGGUCUAAGGAGAGAGAGAGAGAGAGAGAGAGAGAGAGAGAGAGAGAUGGAUCUGGAGCUUGCCAAAUGGUUUGACUCUAGAUUGUGCUCCCAUGAUGUCUUAGGCAAGAUCUUAUCAACAAUCCCGAGACACAUCGAUAGAGAGAGAGAGAGAGAGAGAGAGAGAGAGAGAGAGAGAACUUAUCCUAGAUCUCGUAGCUUUUUUCUGCGGUCAAUUUAUCCCAUCUCGGAUGCCCAAAUGGCCCUUCUGCCGACUGCUUCCGUUGCUGUCACUUGCCCCCCAAGUUGCCCAUUCCUGGACCACAAAGACCCGGCCUUUCUCGCCCGCCACUCGUUCUCCUCUCCCCACUCCCCCCCCCUUCUUUCCUCUUCUCUCUCUUAUCCCCCCCCCUCCCUUCCAGAAGACAAGUGCAAAAUAAAUCACUCUCUUCCCACCUUUUGAAUACCUCCCAACCUAGUUUCUCUCUCUCUCUCUCUACCCCUAUCGGAGCCUGGUUUGAAGCCCAUUUUCUGGGCUUUGCUCUGAGCCUCUACACGUGGUGGUUUUGGAGCUAGAGAGAGAGAGAGAGUUGACUUUGGUCUGUAAGAUGCAAAUGAAAUGGCUGUUCGGGAAUUUAAAAAGGAAAAGCCGAGUUUGGGCAUGGGGAGAAACAAUCUCAUAUUUUUUGAGGCAGAAUGUCACACUAGGAUUCAGGAGCCAAACCGCCACCCAGAGAAGAGUCGAGAGUCUGUUCAUGAAGCCUGCCAAAACCAUGAUCCCACACUUUAUAUGAUAUGACUCCAUAAUCUUAGCUCAAACUUGAACGAGUAAAUUUUCGUACAUGUGCUAAUAAAAUAAAUAAAUAAACAAACAAAUACAGAGGAUAGAUGCUUCGUCUAUCGAACCCAACAGUUCAUUGAUCACCAGAUUAGCUACUUUCCAAGCAGAUCAUCUGAUCAUGAAAACAUCCUGAUGCCUGAUGGUGUACAUAUCUGGUCCUUCAGCAGGUUUUCCCACCUGGUCCUUUCAGGGUAGGAAAAGUCAACCCAUCUGGUCCUUUAGCAGUUUUCCUCAAGCUUCCUAAUUAACAGGGCAUGCAUAACUGUUCUAUAAAUCUGAUAUUAAUUAUUAACCACAAAAAUUCAGAUUAAUUCUGCAGUCCUAACACUCAAUCAAGAAAAGGGUGAAUGGCGGGGAUGGCUGAUACCGAGAGAAGAUAAUCUGCACCAUCGAAUGCUCCUGAUCGAAGAUCUGGAGAAGACAAGCAUUGAGAAUCAAACCCUCCCUUUAAACCCUCGACUGUUCUUGAUCAGAUCUGGCUCACCAAGCAUCCUCCCUCCGGGGAACACAACAUAUGAUAUUUGAUGGGCCUUUAGAGUUUCAAGCAAAUGCUGAUCAUGGUUGGUUUUGGUAUAUGAGAUCACAUACAUCUGUAUUUAUAAAUAUGGGUGUUGUGGGUUCCGCUGAACAAAAUCUCAGGAACUUCAUCACCAGGAGACUCCUGAUUCCAUCAGUUAGUAUUGCCUUCCUGUCGUUUUUGACAACUUUGGUGUCCUCUCUUCACCCUCAAGCUCCCACCUGAGGGAAAAAAGAUGCAGCAUGCGAAGUUUCUUCCCUUCUCCUUUCCACAGCAAGCUUCGAUGUGCCAAACUACAUCUUCACUAGCAGCAAUGGUGACAAGGGCUCAAGAAGCAGUUCCGAUUAAAAGAAAACGUCCGACGAUGAAUAAGAACAGAAUAAAAUGAAAAUUAGAGCAAACAUAAGAAAUGCUGGAGCAUCUGCCACCGGAUGGAUGGAUGAUAAACAUUGAGCCUGUCAUCGUAGAUAUAGGCACUCAGAGACAGACGAGUAUCGAUACCAAAAUCCACAAGUUUUACAGGAAAAUUUUUUUGCCUAUGACUGCAUCGAAGCAUAGACUGCAAAAAUAGCUGUCGAUCUGAGCACCAAAUGCCUCUUUGCUAAUGAAAGAAAAUCACGUAGUAGAAACCCUCGAGGCGAAAAGCCCAGGUUGAACCAGUGAAAGAGACGAUACAGUGACUGGCGUGCAAGCUGAAUCAGCCGUCUGUGAUUGCAUUCUAACACCUCCUACUGGACUGAGUUUUCCAUCUCUGAGAUGUCAACCAGGCACCGGCGCUCCUCCUCGGGCAGGACACACCAAUUUGGGGAUUGGAUUGCCCGAAGCCAUCGGAAAUCAUCUACAUUCGCCCAGUUUCCAGUCUCCUCCGCGAGACCAGAAUCUUUGAGCUCUCCUUCAAGCCCUUCAUAGGUCAACAUGUAGGGCGCAAAUCUGACGCUACUGCUGUCCUCGAUGAUAGGCCGACUGCGGACCCGGAGGUAGAAAUCCGUCGCCCUGGCCUGGUGGAUGCGGAUCUGAUGAGAGGCCAGCAUGAAGACGCAGCCCUCCACCUCUUCAAUGAGAACGGAGCCCAGAACAGGGCCAACAAAAACAUGGCAGUUCUUGAGCCUGUGUAUGAAUAGAGCUCGGCAUUUCCCUCUGAUGUAGAAUCGACAAGAAGAAAGAUCACAGAGGGAGAAAUCCCCUUCUCCCUCUCGCGUUCCUUCCUCCGCGACUCUGAAAUCCUUCACUAUGACAGACCCUUCUCGAUUUCUGAACUCUGUCGGGGAAUCCCGGACUUGUAUUUGCAAUCUGUCGCUCGCGAUCGAAUCGGAGACAUCUGGAACGCUCGCAUCCUCUACUCUUCUCGCCUGCGAAUGGAUUGGAUUCUUCUUCUCUGAGGGCUUGUUCCUGAACGCGAACCUCUUCCUCGGCGCCAGCGCCGCGCUCGCCUUCUCCAGGGAUUCCUUGAGGUCGGAGAUAGCUUUCAGCGCCGUCCGCACUUCGUACGACGGGAGAAAGUAAGAGUUCUCCGCGACGAGCUUCUCGAGAUCGGAGAUAGCUGCGGAGAUGCCCUCGAGGUACUCUUUUGAGCCGGAGCCUGUAGAUACCCCUCUCUGCUCGUGAUCGAGGAGGCAGCGCUCAAUGUCGGCCUCUACGGAGCGCCUGGAUUCGGAGAACCGGUCGAGGAAGGAACUGACAGACUCGAAGGCGGGAGCAGCGGCGGCAGCGGCAGUGGCGGCGGCACGCUUGGAGGAGCGGUGGGAGAGGCGCUCAAGAAUGGCAGCGUGCUUCCUCUGUGUGGCCGCUGGAUCUGCGUUCGUUCCGGGACCGGGUCCAGCAGACCUCUGCUCCGUCACCAAAUGAUCCUCCUCCAUUUCUCUGCUGCGAUCGAAGAAGAGAGAGAGAGAGAGGGGAACAAACAGCAGCUUCUGGUGCCCGCCGCCGCCGCCGCCCCCGCGCUGAAAUUCCCGAUGCCAGGAAUAAAAUGACCGUUUGUGACAACGUAACUUACCAGUGGCUCAGAUGGCAGAAGAUGUAAUUAAUUCCACAAGGGGUUUAUUUAAAGUAGGCCCAUGUACGGCCCAAGCCGGCACAAAAAAAAUUAUUCUGAGCUUUUUUCGAAACUUCCGCCUUCAAGCGAUGGCCCAUAAAUAAAAGCACGAAACCCAAUGUGGGCUUUAGUGGGCCCAAUAAUGUCGCAUAUCGGCCCAAUAACAUAUUGCACUAUUGACUACUUACUCUGAGACGAUAUGUUGACCGCCCAGCUGCCAGUAGGCCCCAACUUGGUUAACCAUCCAACUGUUCCCCCUCCCCCACCCGGUUGGUGGGAAAGUAACUUUAAAACAUUUAGAAAAUAUAUUUAAAUCGGGAAAAAAAUUUGGAGGGCGACAACAGGCAAAAGUCGCACACUAUUUAAGGCGGUCUCGUUUCAGACAUUAAAUUCAGGCCACGUCGUUUGAGAAGACCACCCUCUGCGCCACCCGCUCCCCCCCCCCCCCCCCCCCCCCCCCCCCCCCCCCCCCCCCCCCGCUCCUCCUCCUCCGGAGAGAGGCGAGAGACAGGAGGUCAAGUAG